CUUUGGCUCGCUUUUUGUUCUUUUUCUUUCUCAGAAAUAUUUUUCCCGAGAAAAUGAGUUGAAUUUUGCUUUUGGAUGAUGAAGAGAAUUAGGUUUGAAAUCGGAUGGAGAAUGUGCCGGGAUCGUUCGGCACUAGCGCCAGCUUCGCUCUCCGUUUUGGCCAAACCAUUUUCUCAGCUGCUUCGUUGAUCUUCAUGUGUUUUGAUUACGAUUUCUAUGAUUUCACUACCUUCUGCUAUUUAGCGACUGUGAUGGCAAUUGUAACUCCAUGGAGCAUUUUACUUGCCUUGACAGACACAUACUCUGUCUUAGUGAAACUCCUUCCUCAAGAAUUAAGAGUUCUUUCCAUCGUUUUCGCCGGUGAUUUCGUACUUUCAUUUCUUUCUUUGGGUGGUGCUUGUGCUGUAGCUAGUGCAACCGAAUUGCUUGCGUCUGCCGAUGGAAAAAUCUGUGAUGGUAACCUCUGUAUCCAAUACCAAGUCUCGGCUGCAUUGGCUUUCUUGUGUUGGUUUCUGUUACUUGCUUCAGCUCUUUUCAAUUUUUGGAGUUUACCUUCUUUAUACUAUUGACAUUAACAGACUUAUAAUAUCUUCUUAUAGUCAUAGAUAGGAAUCAUAAUCAUAGGACAUGAAUGUACAUUUUAUAUACAAUUCUAGAGACAUGUCUUGUUAAUAUCAAAUAAAUUUACCACUUUUAUAUA